GGGACAGUGCGGCAGCGACGCCGGCGCGGACGAGGCCGGCCGCUGCGGGCGCGGGGAGCCCCCGGCAGCCCCGCUCCGGCGGAAGAUGCCAACAAAUGGGAUCCACCAGGUCCUGAAGAUCCAGUUUGGGCUCAUCAACUGCGAGAGCCGGUACCUGACGGCGGAGACCUUCGGCUACAAGGUCAACGCCUCGGCGCCCAGCCUCAAGAGGAAGCAGAUAUGGACGCUGGAGCAGGACGAGGCCGACAGCUCCGUCGUCUUCCUCAAGAGCCACCUGGGCCGGUACCUGGGCGCCGACAAGGACGGGAAGGUGCAGUGCGAGGCGGAGAAGCCGGGCCGCGAUGAGCGCUUCUGCAUCAUCACGCAGUCGGACGGGCGCUGGGCGCUGCAGUCGGCGCCGCACCGGCGCUUCUUCGGCGGCCGGGAGGACCGGCUCUCCUGCUUCGCCCCCAGCGUCACCGAGGGCGAGCUCUGGACCGUGCACCUGGCCAUGCACCCGCAGGCCAACCUGCUGAGCGUCAGCCGCCGCCGCUACGCCCACCUCAGCGCCCACGAGGACGAGAUCGCCACCGACAGCAACCUGCCCUGGGGGGUGGACGCCCUCAUCACCCUCUGCUUCCAGGACAAGAAGUACUGCCUGCGCACGGCCGACGAGCGCUACCUGCGCAGCGACGGCACCCUCGUGCCUGAGCCCGGCGCCCGCACCGCCUACACCCUCGAGUUCAAGGCGGGCAAGCUGGCCUUCAAGGACUGCGACGGCAAGUACCUGGCGCCCACGGGGCCCACGGGCACCCUCAAGUCCGGGCGCAGCUCCAAGCCGGGCAAAGACGAACUCUUCGACCUGGAGGAGAGUCACCCCCAGGUGGUGUUCACCGCCGCCAACGGCCGAUACGUCUCCAUCCGGCAAGGCGUCAACGUCUCGGCGAACCAGGACGAGGAGCUGAACCACGAGACCUUCCAGCUCCAGAUCGACCGCGACACCAACAAGUGCAGCCUGCACACCGACGCCGGCAGCUACUGGACCCUCGUGGCCCACGGCGGCAUCCAGGCUGUGGCCACCGAAGUCGCUGCCAACACCAUGUUCGACAUCGAGUGGCGCGGCAGGCGGGUGGCCCUGCGCGCCAGCAACGGCAAGUAUAUCUGCACCAAGAAGAACGGGCAGCUGGCGGCCGUCAGCGACGCCGUGGGCGAGGACGAGGAGUUCACCCUGAAGCUGAUCAACCGGCCCAUGCUGGUGCUGCGGGGCGAGCACGGCUUCGUCUGCUACCACCGCGGCUCCAACCUGCUCGACUCCAACCGCUCCGUCUACGACGUCUUCCACGUCGUCUUCAGCGACGGCGCCUACCAGAUCCGAGGCCAGGGUGGCAAGUUCUGGUACGUGGCGAGCAGCGGGGCGGUGUGCAGCGACGGCGACCUCUCCGAGGAUUUCUUCUUCGAGUUCCGGGAGCGCGGGCGCGUCGCCAUCAAAGGGAAGAACGGGCGGUACCUGCGCGGGGACCCGGCCGGCACCCUGCGGGCCGACGGCGAGUCCGUGCUGCGGGCCACGCUCUGGGAAUACUGAGCCGCGCGGCGCCAGGCUGCCACGGACGGGGCGGCCCCCGGCCCGGCUCGCCCGCUCCCCUGGGUCGGGCCGGCCCGGUGCUAGCUCGUCCCCCGUAGCCUGCAGCCCGGGGGCGGGCGAGCAUCGCGGCAGAGCCUGCGGCGGCACCGUCCGUCCCGGCUGUGCCCCUGGCCCCCCCCCGCCCCGGCUCCUGGCAUUAAAAUCCCAUCUGGCACCGCG